AUGGCCCUUCAGCUGGUGCUGGCGGCUAUCUUAGUCGCAUGCGUGACCAUGUUGAUCAAAGUCGCAUACGAAACCAUAUCAUGCUACUGGCUGACCCCCAGACGCAUCAAGAAAAUCAUGGUCAAGCAAGGGGUGCGUGGCCCCAAACCUCGGUUUCUAGUUGGCAACAUCAUGGACAUGGCCUCCUUCGUUUCCAAAUCUACCUCUCAAGACAUGGACUCCAUCAACCAUGAUAUCGUUGGUCGCCUUUUGCCUCAUUAUGUUGCAUGGUCCAAAAUCUAUGGGAAAAGAUUCAUAUACUGGAAUGGGACAGAACCAAGAAUGUGCCUAAGCGAAACAGAUUUGAUAAAAGAGCUUUUUUUCAAACACAGCACAAGUUCAGGCAAAUCAUGGCUACAACAACAGGGAUCAAAGCAUUUUAUUGGUCGAGGUCUACUUAUGGCGAACGGUGACGAUUGGUACCACCAGCGACACAUUGUUGCCCCGGCCUUCAUGGGAGAUAAAAUCAAGAGCUACGCGGGGUAUAUGGUGGAAUGCACUAAGGAGAUGCUCCAGUCGCUGGAAAAUGCAAUUGACUUGGGACAAACUGAAGUAGAGAUUGGUGAAUACAUGGCUCGCCUCACUGCUGAUAUCAUAUCAAGAACUGAAUUCGAUAGCAACUACGAGAAAGGCAAGCAAAUAUUCCGUUUACUACAGCUUCUUCAGCAUCAUUGCUCCCAAGCCAGCCGGCACUUAUGCUUUCCUGGUAGCCGGUUUCGACAACCUGUCAAUAUUUUAUGUGGGGAACGAGUUCAACAUGCUUCAUCAUCUUUGCAAGAGGAAUUAGAUAUGAAUCAGUUCGCUAAUUCAGACACUUUAUUAGAUUCAGAAAUGGAUACUUCAUGCAAUAAUGUACCUAAUUAUGAACGAAGAGACAUUCCUAAACGUACAUUUUUUGAACGUUGGGAUUUUGGAUUUCCUUCGCAUACAUGUCCUUAUUGUGGAGCAAUUUUAUGGUAUGAAGAGAGAACCAUAAAAUCUCAACAUGUUGCUUCUCCAAGAUUUUCAAUCUGUUGUCAAGAAGGGCAAGUUCAAUUGCCUCUACUUAUCGAACCACCACAAUUUCUGAAGCAAUUAUUGGAAUAUAAUGGAAGACGUCAAGCUAAACAUUUUCGAGAGAAUAUCAGAGCUUUUAACAUGAUGUAUGCAUUCACAUCGAUGGGUGGUUGUAUUGACAACACCAUAAAUGAUGGACGUGGCCCGUACGUUUUUCGAAUCAAUGGGCAAAAUCAUCAUAAAAUAGGGUCUCUUAUACCUCCUGAUGGUCGUCUUGGAACUUUCGCACAGUUUUAUGUUCAUGACACACAAAAUGAGGUCAGGAAUAGGAUGCAUCCAUUUAGUACAGUAAACAGAAAUUGUGAUUUGGAUCCUGAAAUUGUCAAUGGAUUGAAAGAGAUGUUGGACGAGUAUAAUCCACUUGCAAAGGCAUUUCGAAUGGCAAGGGACAGGUUUCAGGAAUCCAAUUACAUGUCAGUUCGUUUGAGAUUGAUUGGUACUCGAUCUCGAGAUGGAAGACAAUACAACUUACCAACAUCAUCAGAAGUAGCUGCACUUAUAGUCGGUGAUGGAGAGCAGGCAAGGGGAAAUCGAGAUAUUAUUGUUGAGGAAAAAACUAUGGGGUUAAAAAGAAUCACUGAAUUGCAUCCAAGUUUUAUGGCGAUGCAAUAUCCAAUCAUAUUUCCUUAUGGUGAAGAUGGUUUUAGGGUGAACAUACCAAGAAAUGUGUCUCCAAAUCCAAGAAAGAGUAACGGUAAUUUAUUUCAGCAGUAUAUUGUUGAUGCUUUUGCUGCAAUUGAGGAAAAUAAUUUGAAUUGGAUUUGUGCCAAUCAGCAAAAGAUUAGAGCAGAAUUAUACAAAGGUUUGCAAGAUAAUGUGGUACGAGGUGAUACGACACCUGCAUCAGCAGGAAAAAGGUUGGUUUUGCCUUCAACUUUUACCGGUGGACCAAGAUAUAUGGUUCAAAAUUAUCAAGAUGCAAUAGCAAUAUGCAGAUUCAUGGGUCCUCCUGAUCUUUUUAUUACUUUCACAUGCAAUUCUAAUUGGCCAGAAAUCAGCAAGGGUAUAAGUUUGAUCCCUGAUCAGAAAGUUGUGGAUCGACCUGAUAUCGUUGCACGUGUUUUUCACAUAAAAUUAGAUCAAUUGAUGAAUGAUUUAACACAUGGACAGCAUUUUGGCAAGGUGAUGGCAGCCGAAUUGCUAGAUAAGAAUACUGAUCCAAUAGCUUAUGAAGCAGUUUUACAAUUUAUGUCACACGGACCAUGUGGACCAGCUAAUACAAGGUCACCGUGUAUGGAAAAUGGAAAGUGCAGUAAACAUUAUCCCAAAUAUUUUCAGACUGAAACAAUAAUUGAUGAAAACGAUUUUCCAGUAUACAGGAGAAGGGACAAUGGACGAGAAGGUAUUAAAGCUGGUGUGAAAAUUGAUAAUCGAUGGAUCAUUCCUCAUACUGUUGAUUUGGUUGUCAAAUAUUGGGGACAUGUUUGUGUUGAAUUGUGCAAUCAGGGCAGGUCUAUAAAAUAUUUAUUCAAAUAUGUGAAUAAAGGAUAUGAUAGAGCCACUUUUGUCAUUGAGGAAAAUGAUGCAACUGAUGGACAGAGUGGAACACGAGUUGUUCGUGAAGUGGAUGAGAUAAAAAGAUAUCUAGAUUGCCAAUAUAUAUCAGCAUCAGAGGCUUGCUGGAGAAUUUUUUAUUUUGACAUCCAAUAUCGGAGUAUUGCCGUUCAAAGAUUAAAUUUUCAUCUUCCAAAUGAACAGCCUGUGCUAUUUGGUGAUAAUGAUCCUUUGGAUGAAGUAUUAAAUAGAGCAGAAGAACAUAGUACAAUGUUCAUUGAAUGGAUGAAAACGAACUCCACAGAUACAUCUGCUCAACAGUUGACUUAUGCAGAUUUUCCUACACAAUGGACAUGGAAAAAGAAGUUGAGAAAAUGGGUUAAACGGAAGUUUGGUCGAUCAAUAGGUAGAAUUUUUUAUGCUCAUCCUUCAACUGGAGAAAGAUUCUACUUACGCAUGUUAUUGAACAUUGUCAAAGGUCCAAGGUCAUUUGAGGAGAUUAGGACAGUUAACGGAGUCGUGCAUCCAACGUUUAAAGCGGCAUGUCAAGCGUUGAGAUUAUUGGGUAGUGAUGAAGAAUGGCAUAAUGCUAUAAGAGAAGCAGCAAAUUGGCAAACAGGUCAGCAAUUACGUGAAUUAUUUGUGACCAUGUUAUUAUUUUCUGAGGUAUCUAAUCCAUUAGAUUUAUGGGAGAAAAAUUGGGAGUUUCUUUCUGAUGACAUAUCCUAUCGACAACGUUGUAUACUUGGAGAUAAUUUUAUAUCUUUCAGUGAUUCCCAAAUAAAGAAUUAUGCACUUUAUGAAGUUGAAAAAAUUCUCAAUCGAAAUAGUAGAAGUUUGAAAGAAUUUCCUGGAAUUCCAUUCCCUGAUAUGCUAUUGGAUAAUGAUAAUCGAAAUCGGUUUAUUAUUGAGGAAUUGAAUUAUAAUAGGGAAAUUCUUGCACAAGAACACUUUCAACUACAAAGUGGGUUGAAUGAGCAACAACUACAAGUGUAUAAUGCAGUCAUUCAUGCUGUUGAUUAUGGUCUCGGUGGUCUCUUUUUUGUUUAUGGUAGUGGAGGAACAGGAAAGACUUAUUUGUGGAGAACUAUAAUUGCUCGAUUACGUUCACAAGGAAAAAUAGUUUUGGUGGUAGCAUCUUCUGGUAUAGCUUCUCUAUUGUUGCCUGGUGGAAGGACAGCUCAUUCGAGAUUUAAAAUUCCUAUAAUUAUAGAUGGUGAUUCUACUUGCGCAAUAUCACAGGGAUCACAAUUGGCUGAGUUAAUUUGUAAAGCAUCAUUGAUUAUUUGGGAUGAAGCUAUAAUGUUACAUCGAAAUAUUUUUGAAGCGGUUGACAGAACAUUCAGGGAUAUCUUACGCUUUCAUGAUCCUGACUCUGAGCACAAAGUUUUUGGUGGCAAAACUAUGUUACUUGAUGGUGAUUUCAGGCAAAUUCUUCCUGUCGUACCCAAAAGGGGUAGAACUGAAAUUGUUGCUUCAUCAAUUAAUCGAUCUUCUUUGCUUUGGGGUCAUUGUCAUUUAUAUCUAUUAUCUUUGAAUAUGCGUAUACGAGCUAAUGACAUGCAUUCAGAUUCUGUUGAAAGUUUAGAAGAAUUCAGCAAAUGGAUUUUAGAUUUGGGUGAAGGAAAAUUAUCAGCUAUUUCCUUUGAUGAUGAAGACGAAUCUACUUGGAUAGAGAUUCCUAAUAAUCUACUCAUUCCUCAGGAUACUGACUGCAUACACCGCAUCAUUGAUAGUACGUAUCCUGAUCUAUUGGCUAAUUAUAAUAAUGCUUCAUAUCUUCGCAAUAGAGCUAUUCUUGCCCCGACCAAUGAUGUUGUUGAUGAAGUAAAUUCUGUUAUUCUAUCAUCCAUUCUUGGCCAAUCUAGGAUAUACUUAAGUGCUGAUAGAAUCUGUCCCACCUCUGAUUGCGGACUUGAGCAAGCUUCUUUAUACCCGGUUGAGUUUUUGAAUACACUUAAAUUCUCUGGAAUUCCAAAUCAUUCAAUUGAGUUAAAGGUUGGAAUUCCAAUUAUUCUGCUACGCAAUAUGAAUCAGAGUCGGGGUCUGUGCAAUGGUACACGGUUGAUAAUUACAAAUCUGGGAGAUAACAUCAUAGAAGCUGAAAUGAUUACAGGGUCAAGUAUAGGGACAAGAUUUUUCAUUCACAGGAUUGACAUGACUCCUACGGAUUCAAAAUGGCCUUUUGUGAUGAUUCGACGUCAGUUUCCUAUUAAGGUUUGUUUUGCUAUGAUAAUAAAUAAGAGUCAAGGCCAAACUUUUGAUAACGUUGGAGUGUACUUGACAAAACCUGUAUUUAGUCACGGCCAAUUAUACGUUGCUGCUUCUCGAGUAACCUCCCGUCAAGGAUUGAAGUUUUUGAUCAAGGAUGAUCGAAAUCCGGAAAAUCGUCGUACAAGAAAUAUUGUUUAUCGAGACAUAUAUGAUAAUUUACGCAUUGGUAUAGGUUAA